AUGGCUGUAUCCUGGAAGCUCGCAUCCAAUUCUGUUCGGCCGUCGCCGGCAUUGCUGAGGCCUUCGCGCGCCAUUCCCACCGGGAUCCGUCUUCAACAACGGACCAAGGCAACCGCUCCAUUCAGAUUACCCGACCCUCGCAAUGAGCCCAAUCCUGCCUAUACGAGGGGCUCGCCCGAGCGGUUGAAGGUGGAAGAGGCAUUGACAAAGCUCCGGUCGCAGCUGCCAGUGCAAAGCGACAUUUACUACAACGGCAAAUCGCAACAAUCAUCGAAAUCUUGGGACCAGGUCCUGCCAUCCGAACACGCCACCACCUUCACCAACUAUCCUCUAGCGUCUCGAGAGCAAGUCUCAGCUGCCAUUGAGUCUGCGCUCAAGGCGAAGAAGGAUUGGGAAGAGACACCGUUCGUCGACAAGGCCGCCAUCUUCCAGAAGGCAGCCGAGUUGGUCACGGGAAAGUACAGAUAUGAGCUCAUUGCAGCCACGAUGCUUGGCCAGGGCAAGAACAUCUGGCAGGGUGAAAUUGACGCCGCCGCCGAGUUGGCAGAUUUCUUCCGUCUGAACUGCAACUACGCCGCUGAGUUGCUCGAGAGGCAGCCCACCCGCGGAACCAAUGGCAUGUGGAGCCGCAUGGAGUACAGGCCUCUGGAGGGUUUCGUUUACGCUGUCUCGCCAUUCAACUUCACCGCACUCGGUGGUAGCUUAGUGUCUGGCCCUGCGCUGAUGGGCAACGUGGUCCUGUGGAAGCCCUCGCAGUACAACAUCUAUGCUAGCACCAUCGUGUACAAGAUCUUGCUCGAGGCUGGCCUGCCACCGGAUGUUGUCCAAUUCGUACCCGGCGAUGCCGAAGAAGUCACGGACGUCGCCCUCUCCCACAAGGACUUCGCCGGCCUGAACUUCAUCGGCUCCUCGGACGUGUUCCGGUCCAUCUAUGCUCGCAUUGGCGAGGGCAUCGGCAAGAAGACGUACCGCGAGUUCCCCCGCGUUGUCGGCGAGACGAGCGGCAAGAACUUCCACCUCCUCCACAACACCGCCGACGUACCCAGCGCCGUGAACCACACCAUCCGCGGCGCCUUCGAGUACCAGGGCCAGAAGUGCUCGGCCACCUCUCGCGUCUACGUUCCCCAGUCCCGCUCGGAAGAGUUCCUGUCGCUCCUCAAGAAGGGCAUCAACGAGAUUACUAUCGGCAGCCCGGACAAGGACCUCGAGGCCUUCAUGGGUCCCGUCAUCCACAAGCGUUCCUUCGACAAGAUCAAGUCCAUCAUCGAUGAGAGCAACAAGGACAAGGACCUGAAGCUGAUCACCGGCGGCACCUACGACGAGUCGGUCGGCUACUACGUCAACCCCACCGUCUACCAGGCCAAGUCUCCAGACCACAAACUAUUCAACGAAGAAAUUUUCGGCCCCGUGCUGGCUGUCUACGUCUACCCGGAUGCCGAGUGGACCAACAUACUCCAGAGCGUCGAUCAGAACGGCGGCGGCCUCGCCCUGACUGGCGCCGUGUUCGCCCAGAACCGUAGUGUCAUUCGCCAGGCCGAAGACGCGCUCCGCUACUCUGCCGGUAACUUCUACAUCAACUGCAAGACGACUGCGGCGCUGAUCGGCCAGCAAUCCUUCGGUGGUGCUCGGUCUAGUGGUACUAACGACAAGGCGGGCAGCUCUGACAUCCUGCGCCGCUUCACUAGUCCUCGAAUGAUCAAGGAGGAGUUCUUCCCGCAGACUACGUUCAAGUACCCCAGCAACCACUAG